UAUGCUAAAGUGAUAAAAGAAUAUGGAUGUUUAUUAUUUACUGUCAUUCUCAUUUCUCUGUUUCUGAUUUCUGAGUAAAAGAGUUGAUUGAAAUUCAUGCUAGAUAUAUUUAAUUAACUUACUGGAACUAAGUAUUUAAGUUUAAAAUUUAAUAGCUAUAUUCCAAAAUGAAGCAUGAUAGUAGUGGUGGUGGUGGUGGUGACGAAUAUGAAGAACCUGAGCAUUUAAGAAAGUUGUUUAUUGGGGGCUUAGAUUACCGCACUACUGAUGAGUCCCUCAAAGAAUUUUAUGAGCAAUGGGGUGAAAUUGUAGAUGUUGUGGUUAUGAAAGAUCCUCAAACAAAAAGGUCCAGAGGAUUUGGGUUUAUAACCUAUUCAAAGGCUCAUAUGGUGGAUGAUGCUCAGAAUAAUAGGCCCCAUAAAAUAGAUGGCAGAAUUGUUGAACCCAAAAGGGCUGUGCCCAGGGAAGAGAUUAAAAGACCUGAUGCAAGUGCAACUGUUAAAAAGUUGUUUGUGGGUAAUUUAAAACAAGAUAUAGAGGAGGAUGAUCUCAGACAACAUUUUUCUUCAUAUGGUAACAUUGUCUCCGUGACUAUUGUAACUGAAAAGGGUUCGGGGAUUAAAAGGGGAUUUGGUUUUAUUGAAUUUGAUGAUUAUGAUCCAGUUGAUAGGAUAUGCUUAGACCAGGAUCAUAAAAUUAAUGGCCGACUUCUAGAUGUUAAGAAAGCAUUAUCAAAAUCUGAAAUGUCAGGAGGGGGCAAUCGUCGCGGUGGUGGCAGGUUUGGCGGUCGCGGAGGCGGCCGAGGUGGCUGGAACAAUCGCCAGAAUUGGGGAGGUGGAUAUAAUUCAGGUUAUGGUGAACCAAGUAGCUGGGACAAUCCGAGUCCUUGGGAAUCAAAUAACUCACAAGAGUCAUGGGAUAAUCAAGGGUAUGACGAUCAGAACUGGUCGCAGGAUAACUUUGGUGAUGGAUACCAACAAGGGUUUAGCGGAGGCCCCAUGAGACCCAAUUACAACACACAGAGGCAACAACCUUAUAAUACAGGCGGUGGUGCUGCCACUAGCGGUGUUCAGAACUACAGCACAGCGUCAGGCGGCAAUCAGCGUAGAUUCUAAACCUUUCCCGAUGUCUUCUUGUGUGAAGUAACGCAUAUUUGAAGCUAGGCAGGCGUAAUGUAGACAGGCGCGCUCUGGCCGCCUUGAGGCACAAGCGGACUUAGGAAAGGACCACAUUACAUAAUACGUCAUAUUUUACAUAUUAUAUCCUAAACUACACUAAGGUUUGCUCACAACAAGGUACUGUGCAGGCAAAAGAUACUAUUUUUAAUUUAUAAUUUACAUAUUAGCACUUACACAAUUUUUAUAUGUGAUAUUCAAAUUGUGUGACAUCCGUUCACUGCCAUAUUUUUUCUAUGAGGCUUUAAAGAGAUUUUGGUAUUUUAGUUAUAAGAUUUUUUUUUCUGAAAUAUUCACUAAAUUGUUGCUACAAAAUGAUUAUUCUGUGUUAAAUGAGAUUCAAGUUGACAUAUUUUUUAUUUCUAAUGAUCGGAAACAUUCCAAAAAAAUUACUCGCUUCGAAAAUGGUUGUUUUAAGUUUAAUAUAAAAAAAUACAUGUUGUUUUUUUUACAUAUAAUGAGCAUUUAUUAUUAGGAUUAAGAAUACUGUCCUGUUAUAAAAUAUGUUAAUAUUUUAUGUUUAUCACAUAUGAAAAUAUAUAGAUAGGCCUUUAGAAAUAAUAUUUACUAAGGUGAAAGGAGUGAAGUGUGAACACCAAUUUGUAGUCUUUGGAACACAAAUGAAGAGGAAAAGACACCAAAGAAACACUAUCAUGGAGAUUAGGGGUAAAUAAGGAUUGUAAGGUUUUCUGAACAUAAAUCGAUUUUAUAAGUGUGUUUUAAAAUUUCCAAAUAUCAAAAAAGUACUUGAGAUAAGUUGUUAUAAACCUAUUUAUGAUUUAUAAAAUUGUCAUUACAUAUAUCCAUGGGCAUUGCCAAAGGUGGGAAAGAUAGAGUCAGCUGCCUCCCUCUUUAGAGUAUUAAAAAAUGGAAAAAGGGUAAAUAAGUAAUAGAUAAAUAAAUGCUUAAUUGUAACACUCAUUUACAUAAUAAUUUAAGAGCCUUGGCUCCACAUUUAGGAUAUAAAAACUACUUCGAAUGAGAUAUUAUUUGUAGCUGUCUCCUCUGCCCCCUAGACUUAGCUUAGACCAUCAGCGGGUGACGUCUAUGCUUACAUUAUUAAUAGCAAAUAUUGUGUCCUCUUAGGUCUAUCUAUAUGUUUGAGUUUUCCUAUUUGAAGUGUUAUAAAUGUUUGGUUAGAUUAUAUAAAUAUGACUAAGUCAAGGGACUAGUAUUUUUUAGUUAUAUACCAACUUUAUAAAUGUAUAGAAUUGAACAGUUCCUGUUGUUUGUGUGCAAUAUUAAAAUUAAAUGAAAACUAUUUUCCAUGGAUAUUUCUAUGCGGUGGACAAGUCUCUGUUUGUGGAAACGACCAUGGUAAGUUUAAUUUGCUGAAUAAAAAUUAUAAAAUUAUA